CACCCGGCACCCGCGGGAGGCGCUCCCGGCUCCUAUCCGUCCCCAGCUCUGGCCGCGGGAUCCAGCACCGCCCGCGCCACCCAGGCUGCGCCAUGGGGAACCUACCAUCUGCCGCGAAGCACUGCCUGAGCUACCAGCAGCUUCUCCGCGAGCAUCUCUGGAGCGGGGACUCAGUGGCAGGCGCGCUGGACCCGGCGCAGGAAGUAUCUCAGUUAUCUGGACUCCCUGAAUAUGUGAAAAUAGUAGAAGUUGGACCUAGGGAUGGAUUACAGAAUGAAAAGGUUAUAGUUCCUACAGAUAUAAAAGUUGAAUUCAUCAAUCAACUUUCCCAAACUGGCUUGUCUGUAAUAGAAGUAACCAGCUUUGUGUCUUCCAAAUGGGUACCACAGAUGGCUGAUCACACCGAAGUGAUGAGAGGCAUUCAUCAGUACCCAGGAGUUCGCUAUCCUGUCCUUAUUCCUAAUCUUCAGGGUUUUCACCGUGCUGUUGCUGCCGGUGCCACUGAGAUAGCGGUGUUUGGUGCUGCUUCUGAAUCUUUCAGCAAGAAGAAUAUUAACUGCUCCAUUGAAGAAAGUAUGGGAAGGUUUGAGGAGGUCAUCAGCUCUGCAAGGCACAUGGACAUCCCAGUGCGAGGGUAUGUGUCCUGUGCCCUGGGCUGUCCAUACGAAGGAAGCGUCCCACCACAAAAAGUCGCAGAAGUUUCAAAGAGACUGUAUGGUAUGGGAUGCUAUGAGAUCUCUUUGGGAGACACAGUUGGAGUGGGGACUCCAGGCAGCAUGAAGAUGAUGCUGGAAAGUGUUAUGAAAGAAAUCCCUCCAGGGGCUCUUGCUGUUCAUUGCCAUGACACGUAUGGACAAGCCCUCGCAAAUAUCCUAACAGCUCUUCAGAUGGGAAUUAAUGUGGUGGACUCCGCUGUCUCUGGAUUAGGUGGCUGCCCUUAUGCAAAAGGUGCUUCUGGGAAUGUAGCCACUGAGGAUUUGCUAUAUAUGCUUAAUGGCAUGGGACUCAAUACAGGUGUGGAUCUCUACAAAGUGAUGGAAGCUGGUGACUUUAUUUGCAAGGCAGUGAACAAAACCACAAACUCUAAAGUCGCACAAGCCUCCUUCAAAGCCCGACUUGAAUGAAUUCAUCAUUUCAGGGUGGGAAGAUCCAUUCCAGUCCCAGGUCGUCACAGAAUCGUUAAUACCAACUCAUUCUGAAGUGGGAAUUAAAAUUAAGAAUCAAAAAGAGACAGGAAAGAAGAUACGCUGGAGAAGCUUAUCACGGGGGAGACGGGGCAGAUGCGGGGCAGAGCCAGGCAUCUGUUGAACAGCAAGCUGGGGAUCAACACUGAUGGCCUUUCUUUCAGAUGCGGACAAAGCCCGCUCGUUUGGUCAUGCAGAAAUCUUCUAAUUCUUAGCUUAGUAGACUUGAAAAUUGACUUCAGAUUUCUCCAAGUAUCAAGUACCGUGUUAAUACUUCAUCAACCCAGCUUGCCACAGGGCACUACGGACCGUUAGUAGUUUACGGGCCCCAGCGCGUUGCAGAGUGUGUGGCCCUGAUGGGUUUUCUGCCUCCGGAUCCCAACUUUUCCACUUGCCAAGUUUGUUAAGUUAUGGACCAAGAGCCAAAGUUUCAACUGACCCCACGUAAUUUCUAGCAAUAGAACUUUUAUAUUUCAAGGACGGCUAACAUCUGUUAACCAUUUCAACAACUUUACCGUGCUCCAAGAGGCUGUGGUCAGUGGCAAGCUGCCACAUCCUGAAAACACAUCAUACCUCCCAUGUUUGUUCCAUGCAUCAAGUUUGCUGUGUUUUACAUUGAAUUAGUUGUAGAAAAAAAAAAAAACCCCACAGUGUUAUUUAAAUAUAGAGAAACUAUAAAGUAUCUCUUUUAUCCUGGUAUCUAAGAGACAGUAAUGAUAAAAGGCUGAUGUGGACACCAUGAUCUAUUUCCAUUAUAUCUAGUUUACUUCUGAAUUGCGCAAGAAAAUACUGCCAUGAUUUGAAGAAUGUUAAUGUAAUUUUCAACUGAUGAGAAGUCUGUUUCCAUUGACUCUAUGCUAUAUCUGUUUAUUUCUGUUUGACCGUAGGAUGUUUAUUUUAAGUUCAGUGGCAGAAAUAUUAUCUAUUGUGCCAAAAAGCAUUGCCAGGGAUAACAGAAAUUAAUACAUCGAAGAUCAAGGCCUGGGGACAUGGCUCAGUGCUUAAGAGCACUGGCUAUUCUUCAAGAGGACAUGGGUUCAAUUCCCAGCCCCCACAUGGUGAUUCAAUACCAUUUAUAACUCCAGUUUGGGGGGAUCUAAUGUCUUCUUCUCACCUCUGCACAGUACACAGCACACAGGCAUAUGUGCAGAUAAAACAUCCAUAAACAUAAAAUAUCUUGGACUUCUUAGAAAACAGUAAAAAUAUUGAACUAAAAACAUUCCAGAAAAUAAGGAUACUGAUUAGAACUAAGCUAUCACUAAAGGUGUAUGUUAGGGAAAAGAAAGAAUGGAAACCUGUGGGUUGACAAUUUCCCUGGAAGACUCCAACUUGUCACCUUGUAACCUGGUUCUGUGCCAGCCUGCUCUCCUCCUAGAGUACUGGAAGCCGUUCUGUGCUCGGAGGUUAGGUUGGAAUGUAGAUGACUCAGAGGCAGCAAAGCUGCAGCCGGUCAUGGAGCUGCCUCAGUACCUUCUCCCCACACUCCUCUCUCGCAGACCAGGGUACUGACAGAUGGUGGCAUCAAAUACGCCCAUCCUUCCAUCUUCGGAGGAAAUGGAUUCUUCCCUUUCAGAGACAUGGGGUGUUCCGUUUUGAUAUAUUUGUGAAAGCACAUGUUCAUGCAAACUGCUUUUUGAAAAUAGUGACCAGCAUUGUUUUGAAACGAAUUGGGAAGUUCUUCUGAGGACAGAGCAAAUAGAAACCUCAGUGCAGUGUCACACGGUCACACGGUGCCCACCUCAGGGCACCAGCUGACUUUCAUGACAACCUUGAUUUUAUCUAAUUACAUUCAACACAAACUAGUUCAUGUUUUAAUCUCCUCCUCUCUCCUUAUAGUGUCUGACGUUCUUAGGAAUAAUCCUCUCAACACAUCCAGGAAACCUUGUAAUCAUUUCAGGACCCAUUGGCGGGGGGGGGGG